GUUUACUGGUGGAUAGAGACAGAAAGAGACGGAAAGGGGGGGAACCUGAGAGUGAGGAACCAUAGACAGUCGGUAUAUAACUUUUUCGCUUUUAAUAGUGUCGCGCUGUCGAUUGCAGGCUAUUUAUCGUACAUUGGAGAUAUUUCCUAAAACAAAAACCGAAACAUCAAGACACCUUCCGGACUGGGAUUAGUUUUCUGGCUAAUCCCAAUGAAACAGAUUAUGCUCCUUGGACUUUUCCGAUUUCGAGGCACUGCGUCGGAGGCUGUACCUUUUUAAUUUUAUUUUUAAGUGAUCCACGAUUGGAUUUCUCGUGCUGAUCUUUCCCCCUUCGUAUUACUGCGGCACCCUAGCGAAUGACUUGAGUUAGCAUUAAACCGAAAAGGAAAGGCAUUUGCGGGAUAUUUCCCCCCUUAGCCGACUCUAAGGACUUCCUAUCGUGUGCUUAUUUUUUUUCCUUGGCGAUCUGUACCGUGGAAUAACUUCAUGUGAUAUGCAAACCAAGGAGAAAGCUAAAAAACGGCGACCUGUGGAAUUAAAUUAAAUGCAUUCUACCUUUGUUCGGCGUACUGGGGAUUUCGAAAGAAAAGCAAGACUGAAUAACAUUAUAACGCAGGUUUUCCGAGAUAUUCUGAAUAAUUGCAUGGAUGUGCGUUGUCUCCCGAAUUGUUGAAUGAAAUUGGGAUCAUUAUUAUAGAGGAGGAUUCGGCUGGGAAGGAGCGCAUGAGCGAGACACCGCCACCCCUUCGAGCACCUCCUUACUGGCGGUGUGGGGUUUCUUUUUUGUCGACUCCAGAAGGAUUUUGUCAAACAAACUUUAACAGAUUAAAGUGGAAGACGACGCCUUAUAACUGAUUUGAAUAUGGGACUGUUCAGCGUCGCCGGAACCCGGGGUCUCGCCAUUUAAUGCAGGAUUUAUUCUGCCGGAGAUGAGAAGUUGAGGCGCUGGGAAUAUUGCAAACAACCACGUUGGACUCCUCGGCCCCUUUUUUCUGGGGGGUGGGGGAUAGGUGACAGAUCGCGUCAUUUUUAAUCAAACGUACUUUGUAUAAUUAAUUAGCCAGGUAUACAAAACUCAAGUGUGAAUUGAACUUUAAGUAUUUAUAUAGGUUACGGUGUCUACGUUUCCGUGGAUAACAAACGCUAAGGACAUAAUCGGAUUCAAGAUGCAGAUGGGGACUUCGGCGAUUGUUUUGGUCGCUUUUAUCCACGUCCUAUGCAAUUGCGGGCUGACGAAUGGAGAAAUCUGCCCCAGCAAAGACAUUCGGAACAACGUGACCAACCUGAGGACGCUGGAGAACUGCACCGUGAUCGAAGGCCACCUGAAAAUCCUGCUGAUGUUCAAGACGCGGCCGCAGGACUUCCGCGGCUUGAGUUUCCCGCGGUUGGCGGUCAUCACCGACUACCUGCUGCUCUUCCGCGUCUAUGGCCUGUCGAGCCUGAGCGAGCUCUUCCCCAACCUCACCGUCAUCCGUGGCAACAACCUCUUCUUCAACUAUGCCCUGGUUCUCUUUGAGAUGCUCCAGCUGAGAGACGUGGGCCUGCGCAGCCUGACCAACAUCACGCGCGGCGCCGUGCGUAUCGAGAAAAACCAGGACCUCUGCUACCUGUCCACCCUGGACUGGUCCAAGAUCCUGGACUCCGUGGAGGACAACUACAUCAUCGCCAACAAGAACGAGCGUGAGUGCGGCGAUGUCUGUCCCGGAGCAGCUAAGGGCAAGACCACGUGUACGCAGACCACCCUUAACGGGCACUUCGGGGAGCGAUGCUGGACCCAGGAAGACUGCCAGAAGAUUUGCCCGGCAGCCUGCAAACACCGCGCCUGCACCAUGGACAACCGGUGCUGCCACGAGCAGUGCCUGGGCGGCUGCCUGGAGCCACACAGUCCCAGUCGGUGCGUGGCCUGCCGCAACUUCCUGCACGAGGGCGUGUGCGUGGAGCGCUGCCCGCUGGGCUACUACACUUUCAAGGGCUGGCGCUGCGUCUCCCUGGAGUUUUGCCAGAACCUCCACUUCCAGUGUAAGCAGAGCAAGGCGGGCGACUGCCACGAGUACGUCAUUCACAACGGGGCCUGCAUCCCUGAGUGCCCAUCCGGCUACACCACCAUGAACUCCACCACGUUGAACUGCACACCCUGUGAGGGCCUCUGCCCGAAAGUGUGCGUGGGCUCCAAGGUCGUGGAUUCCGUCACCGCCGCCCAGGCUCUCCGCGGCUGCACCAUCCUCAACGGCAGCAUGGUCAUCAAAAUCCGCGGUGGGAACAACAUCGCCGCAGAACUGGAGACCAGCCUUGGUCAACUGGAGGAGAUCACCGGCCACCUCAUCAUCCGCCGCUCUUACGCCCUCGUGUCCCUGUCCUUCCUUCGCAAGCUCCGGCUCAUCCGUGGGGAGACGCUGGAAGUUGGGAACUUCUCAUUCUACGCCUUGGAUAACCAAAACUUGCGUGAGUUGUGGGACUGGUCCAAACACAACCUAACAAUCCUACAAGGUCGGUUGUUCUUCCACUACAACUCAAAGUUAUGCCUGUCGGAGAUCCGGAAAAUGGAGGAGGUGACGGGAACCAAGCAACGGGAAGUCAAGAAUGACAUUGCCCAUAAGACUAAUGGAGACCAGGCCUCAUGUGAAAACCAAGUGCUAAAAUUCACCCAGAUCCGCACUUCGUAUGACAAGAUCAUCAUUAAAUGGCAUCCCUUCUGGCCUCCUGAUUUCCGAGACUUGCUGGGAUUCGUGGUCCUUUAUAAGGAAGCGCCAUACAGGAACGUCACGGAGUUUGACGGUCAGGACGCAUGUGGCUCCAACAGCUGGGUGAUCGCCGACGUGGACCCACCGCCACGUUCCACCGACAGCAAGGAGCAACAGGAGCCCGGCUUCCUCAUCCACCCGCUCAAGCCCUGGACACAGUAUGCUAUCUUUGUUAAAACCCUGCUCUCCGCCUCAGAUGACCGUCAAGUCCACGGAGCCAAAAGCGAGAUCAUUUACGUCCGCACCAAUGCCACUAAGCCCUCGGUGCCCCUGGACCCAAUCUCCUCCUCCAACUCGUCUUCUCAGAUUAGCCUGAAGUGGAAACCCCCCUCUGACCCCAAUGGAAAUAUUACCCACUACCUGGUCUUCUGCCAGAAGCAGAAAGAGGACGGUGACCUUUACAAGAUUGACUACUGUCAGAAAGGGAUGAAACUGCCAUCGCAGACUCCUACACACCUGGACACCGACGAGGAGCAGAAGUGGAACCAGACGGACGAGCCCGGCCAGGGGGGGCGCUGUUGCGCUUGCCCCAAGACGGAGACACAGCUGAAGAAGGAGGCGGAGGAGUCCGAGUACCGCAAGACCUUCGAGAACUACCUGCACAACGAGGUCUUCGAGAUCAGACCCUCUCGACGGCGUAGGUCUGCAGUGGGCGUGGCCAACGCGACCUUCCCACGCUUUGCUACGCCGCUGCCCAGCCUCCCCAAUGCUUCUUCCACCAAUAACCCGGAAGAGGACGGAAGCAAGAUGGUCUUCAAAGUGUCCUCAAAGGAGUCUGCUGUCAUCCCCAACCUGCAGCACUUCACCAGCUACCAGAUCGAGAUCCAUGCAUGCAACCACCCCAUGGAACCGGGGCGGUGCAGCAUGGCCGCCUUCGUCAGCGCGCGGACCAUGCCGGAGGAAAAAGCCGAUGACAUCGUGGGCCUCGUCACCCAUGAAAUGGACCAGUACGCGAACGUGGUCUAUGUGAAAUGGCAGGAGCCGAAAGCGCCCAAUGGCCUCAUCAUCCUGUAUGAUGUCAUCUACAAGAGACUGGGAGACUCUGAGGAACUGCAUCAGUGCGUGUCCCGAAAAAGCUACGUGGUCAUAGGGGGCUGUAAGCUGAGAGUGAUUCACCCCGGGAACUACACCGUAAGGGUCCGGGCCACGUCGCUGGCUGGCAACGGCUCCUGGACUGAGCCGGCCUACUUCUACGUACCGGACCGGAGGGACCCGAACAACGUAAUGAAGAUUGUGAUUGGCCCAGUCAUCUGUGUUAUCCUGCUGCUAUUGGUGGGACUCGGGGUGUUUGUGGUUUUCAAAAAGAAGCAAACUGCUGGACCCACUGGACCUCUCUAUGCAUCCUCGAACCCGGAGUAUGUCAGUGCCAAUGACGUGUACGUGCCUGACGAGUGGGAGGUGGCCCGAGAGAAGAUCACCGUGCUCAGGGAGCUGGGCCAAGGCAGCUUUGGCAUGGUGUAUGAGGGCAUCGGCAAGGACAUCGUGAAGGGCGAGCCCGAGACGCGGGUGGCCGUGAAGACCGUCAACGAGUCUGCCAGCUUGCGGGAGAGGAUCGAGUUCCUGAAUGAGGCCUCUGUGAUGAAGGCCUUCAGCUGCCACCAUGUGGUACGCCUCCUGGGCGUAGUGUCGAAGGGCCAGCCCACGCUCGUGGUGAUGGAGCUGAUGACCCACGGAGAUCUGAAGAGCUACCUGCGUUCGCUUCGGCCGGAUGCGGAGAUUAACCCCGGCCGCCCCCCUCCCAGUCUGAGCGAGAUGAUCCAGAUGGCGGCGGAGAUCGCAGAUGGCAUGGCCUACCUUAAUGCCAAGAAGUUCGUCCACAGAGACCUGGCUGCCAGGAACUGCAUGGUCGCCGAAGAUUUCACUGUCAAAAUCGGAGACUUCGGCAUGACGAGGGACAUCUAUGAGACUGAUUACUACCGGAAAGGAGGGAAGGGCCUUCUCCCUGUCAGGUGGAUGGCCCCCGAGUCCCUGAAGGACGGUGUCUUCACUGCGCACUCCGACUGUUGGUCAUUUGGUGUGGUCCUGUGGGAGAUCAGCACCUUGGCGGAACAGCCCUACCAGGGCCUAUCUAACGAGCAGGUCCUGAAGUUCGUCAUGGACGGGGGCUUCCUGGAGAGGCCGGAGAACUGCGCCGAUGAGAUGCACGAACUCAUGCAGAUGUGCUGGCGGUACAACCCCAAGAUGCGGCCCACCUUCCACGACAUCAUCGAGAGGAUCAAACAGCACCUGCAUCCCAGCUUCCGGGAGCUCUCCUUCUUCCACAGCGAGGAGAACAGGCCCCCUGAAAGCGAGGAGUUCGAAAUGGAUUUCGAGAACAUGGAGAGCAUCCCACUAGACCCUUCGUCCUACUGCCAACAGGAGGAAAGUCUGGGGAGAGACAAUGGGCCCUCUGGGGGUCGUCGGGGGAACUACGAGGAGCACGUGCCGUACACUCACAUGAACGGUGGCAAGAAGAAUGGCCGGAUCCUGUCCUUAUCCAGAUCCAGCCCUUCCUAACGUUUCCUCACUUUCGUUUUAUAAUUUUCAUUUUUUUUGCAACGGCCCUAGAAAAACAGAUCUCAGGACUUUUUUUUUCCUCUUCAAAGCUGCCACAGUUAAAUGACACAGAAUGCAAACACUUAUAUAUUUAAAAAAAAAAAAACUGUAACUGUCAUCCGAAUCAUUUUCUUCUCUUAUUUUUAUUGUUGCCAAGUUUCCAAAAAAUUAGAACUGUGAUCACAAACCAUAGACAACCAGAAGGCUGCUUUUGCGUCGUUUCGGACCGUCCUGUCUCCCCUGCGUUUUGUCUUUCGUGUGUUCAAUGGUGUUUAAAAGUGGCCUUUUUAUCUGUGGCAUUCAAACUGAGAAACAUGUCAUUAUGGGUAAUUAAUUCUUUUAAUCAACAGCAGAACAGGAUCGGAUGUUGGAUGUCAUAUCCUCUCACCUUCUUAGAACAAAAGUCUCGUAAAAGAACCUUUUUAUUUUUGCAUCGCAAAUUCCAUACUUCACCUCGAGUCAGUAGGUCGUUUUGGUUGUUAAUUCUAAUUUAUAUGCUUUUUCUUUUCCCUGUCUUUCAGUUUAGGUCCUGUGUGAGCACAGUAUAACUGAAGAAUAUUUAAACAGUUAAUAUGUUGGGUUCCUCAGAUUGACCAAUAGCUGCUGCUUUAUAGUGUGUGUGUGUGUGUGUGUGUGUGUGUGUGUGUGUGUGUGUGUGUGUGUGUGUGUGUGUAACAUUUUUGUCAGAGGCUAUGGUAACGUACAGAUAUUACAUAUAUAUAUAUAUAAUAUAUAUAUGUAUGUGUAUAUAUAUGUAUGUAUGUAUGUGUUAUAAUUUUUUUUUUUUACAUUUCAGUCUCUCCCAAAUAUGACACUAAUUUCCCUUUAAAAAUAGAUUUUUUUUUCUUCUUCAGACCACAACACUAAUGUGUUCCUCUCCGGAUGUGUUCUCUGUACUCUAUCGACUUCCAAUGUUGGCAUGAAACGUUAAGACCAAAUGCGGUCCCUCUGUGGAUCGACGGGUAAUGGGCUUCCCUGGAUGCGAGGUCAGUCUGUCUCGUCUUCUGCACGAAGGUGGGCCUCUGGCAUCUCGCCGUGGUUGUGAUCUCCUCGCAUGGACGCUGCGUCACGUGGCGGCUGAGGAGCUAAUGGCUUUGUGUCCCAGCUAGCCUUCCAGCCUCCAGACGUUCGCUCGAGGGUUGAAAGCCAAGCUUUUUUGAGAUUUUGAAUUUUAGUUUGAAGCUAGAUUGUUGAGCGUUUGCCACCACCUUGGGGGGGUGUAGUUUGGUAGGGUAGGGGUUAAAUUAAGUCUGUCUUGUUGGUGGUGGGCUUGGGGGGCUUUCUCACACCUCCAUCUGUAUGUUUUGUGGUUCCAUAUCCCCCCCCCCCCCCCCCCCCCACCGAUCCAACUGUAUUUCAUGACAAAGUAAAAACUCCCCAGUUAGAAUGUGCCGCAUCACGGGUGGCUCCAUGUGACCCGCGACACUCCCCUGAAGGACAUCCGACGUGCGCGUCCUUCCACCAGCGCCUGCCGCAGUUCGCCGCUUGCUGGUUGGCUGACAGAGAAGCCCAAGGUCGGGGAGGGCCGGGCGGAAUUUUCCAGGGCCGAUUGUGCACCCCCACCAGCCUGCCCCCGCAGCUGGCUGGGGAAAGGUGCGGAUGGGGUCCUGUGACUGCUGUCCACGUGAGACUCCCCGCGUGAUGUACACUGCCUGAACUAGGACACACUGCACAAGCAGCCAUUUAUCAGAAAUCUGACAUUCCGGUUACAUUGCUGUGGUCUCCCGCUCCGCCUGUAUGUACCUAAUAUUGCCGUUGCAGUGGGGGUACAGGGGACAGGGGGGCUCCAUGUAUCAGUGGCAUAUUUUUCUUUGCUUUGUUUUUUUUUUUUUAAUAUCCCUUUUCCACCCACCCCUCCCCGUUUAGUUUUUCGGAGACUGACGUUUGCCAGCUGCCCCCUUAUCUGGUGCCAUUAUUGUGUAGAUUUCCAGCAGCUGGUCUCCAUCUCAGCUCUUGUGUGGGAUGAAUGGAACUGCCCCUGAUCCGCCUUUGAACCUGGCAGAGUAGCCAGUGGCCUCCUGGCCCCGAAUCUUCCAAAGUGUUUAAUUUUUGGUCAGGUGUUAGUUUUGGGAGCUUCAGGCCUUGCAGGGUGGGAUGGACUCCACACCUGUCUUCAUGCUUCUUAAUCCCAUAAUGCAUCAGGAGAAGGGCACGGUCAUUUCGUCUGGCCCGUGCCUGUCUUUGGGAAGCUGGGGCCCAUUUCCCCGGCACUUGUCAUUGGACUGAAUAAGAGGCGGAGCUUUGGGACCUGAAAGAAACAUGAAGAGGCCCACUUCCUGUUGACGGUGGCGUGAGGAUCGCUCGCUCAUUCUCGAAGAUGCUGCCCUCAGGCUUAGUUAUGACCUCGCCGAAGCUUUCUCAGCAAGUGCACCAGUUGUGGGAUCGUACCUUUUCCACGGAAGCCACUGUCGCCGCCGUCAGUAGAUACGAGGACCAUGACUGGCGUUUUCUCCCUCGAUUUGAGGACCAUGCCCGCGUAGCAGCCUCUUGCCCAAGUGGUAUGUCUCCCAAGAGGGCAGCAAGGAAACGCAAAAGCCCUCGGAGAUGAUCUUAAUUAAGCAGGCAAGCCGGACGAGACAUUCUCUCCCGCUCUGACUGCGUCGGUUGAACUUUGACGGUGAGCUGUUGCGACUCCUGGCCUCAGCAUGGUGACCGGCUGGGAAGAACGCAGCUGUUCAUACCACAGCAAAGGGUCACAACUGCACCCUGACCCACAGUCUGCAUUCUCUCUUCUUGUCUGUAAAUAUUGUAAAGAAUAAUGUGAUGGCCUCAGUUUUUUUUCCACAGAAUCGUCAGUGUAAGGAACUGCUUCCGGCUGCAUGUGCUGUCGGCAGGAGAGUCAGGGGAAAAUAAAUCUAUUUUAAAAUGCAAAAUAAUCUGUUUUGUAAUUCAAAGGAUUAUACAGAUAUUAGAAUAACAGAUAUAUUAAUAUCUUAUUUAUUUUAAUAUGGUGGUAGUUGUACGAAUCCCAAUUAGAUUUUUAAAUGCUUUUUUAAUACAAGAGGUUUAGUUAAAAAAAUAUAUAAAAUAAAUAAAUUAAUUAAAAAAAAAAAAAAAAAGAUGAGAAACAUUUUGAGGAAGGGAGACACCAGGAAGGAGCCGAUGGCUUUGUGUGGGCGGAGUCUACCUCAGCGUGUUGCGCAAAUUCAGUGUGAGCCUAACACGCCUCAUCGUGGCUGUGUUGUGGUCCUGGUCUUUCUCUGGUGGGGUGUCUGUCUCGGACAGUGACACCCAGUGCCUCUCCCUGCCAGCCGCAUGCUCGUCCGGCUGCGAGCGCAGUAGCUCACUGCACCCGUCACCCGCCUGAGUGCUCUGCUCAGGAAAGCCAGCCGAAUUCACCCCCUUUUUCCUACCUUCUGUGGUUCCUGCUUAUUAUACCAGAGCCCCACUGCCCUUAUCGGAGAGCGAAAUUCAGUUAGAGCCGUGUUUCCCAAUCCAGUCCUUGGAGACUCGCAGACGGUCCACGUUUUCCCUCCCUCCCAGCUCCUGCCGAGGACUGGAUUGGGAAACGCAGAGUUAGUUUAAUAUGUCCAGCCUCUUGUCUACAGUAAUAGCCUGUCGUCUAGCAAUGCGUUAAUAAUGAAUUCUCUGUACGCUCAAAGCCGGACAAUAGUGUCUCCGUACUUCUCACGAAUGUGCCAUAACGUAGCGGAUUCCUCUGAAAGUCAGUCUCAGUCGUGGUUCCUAAUCGUAACUCUUCAUACUGUACGUAUGUAUCUCAGGAUGUGGAAGCUUCGCUGUCUACAUGACAAAUACUUGAUAUUCACAUUGGUGUUCUGAGCCCUGUAUUCCUAAUUUAUUGUCAUGCACGUUCAAGCAAACAGUACAUAUUAUCUUUGUUUAAUUGAAACUCUUCUAUAUUCUGUGGCCUAGCACGGCUAACCCUCACCGCUUUUAUUGAUCAAAUAGAGUUUUGAAAUGUACAUGUAAGGAAAAAGCAUCAUUUGUUAAAACUUGCUGAGAGACAUGUGCUUGCAGAGGACAUAUUUGCAGUGAUUUUAUUUUUUUGUAUCCUAACUCUUCUAAGGAGUGGCAGUUUGCUGUGCUAUCAAGCGAGUUGUGCAAACCUUUUGGGAUGGUAACAUGUUAUCUUCUGUCUUUUGUUUUGUUGCCAGAAUAAAUCCAGGCUAUGCUUUUUUUCUUUUUCCUAAAAUGAGUAUGAAAUCAUAUCCAGUCGGGCACCAGGUUGGCAUAAGGUGACUCCUUUUGCGGUCGUUCACUUCUGGGCCGGCCUGCUUCCUGCAUGUCGACUCCUGUUGAUGACUUUAAAGUUGAGCUUUGGGGAAUCGCUUUGCGUGACAGCCGGCAUCACUGCUGCUGCGUCGUCAUAGCUAGUGCUAAAUGCACCCCCCCCCCCCCCCCCAAAAAAAAAAAAUGAUGAAUGAUGACCUCCCUUUUUUAUUUUGUUCUCCGAAGCAUCAUUCAAUAGCAACUUUCAUGCUGUACUUUUUUUAGUAUUAAGUCUGCAAACCGACUAUUCCCAAAGAGAGCUGUAAUAGGACAAUCUUAUAUGCCAAACGGAAAGAAAAAAACAAAAAGCAAUGAAAACAGAACAAAUCCAAGCUGGAAGGGGCGAAAUUCUCCGAACAACCUCCCCCUGUAGGGGAAUCUGUGUUGCCUGUUCCUCACCUGCCUUCAUAAAUCAGGUUUCCCAGGAAAAUGUGUUCUGUUGUUUAUUGGUCAAUGGGUAACGACAUGUGACCGCGGAAGGGAGCCCCUGGUGAAUGGCCUGCUGUGCCCUUUGCAGACUGACGCGAUCUCUCAUACGCUUCCGGAACCGGAGCGUACUGUUCACUUCUAACGGGAAAUAGAAUUGAAGAAAAAAAAAUGUAUUUAAACAAAAAAUGCAUUUUCCCCAAACGGCAGUUUUAGGCGCCUCCGCCCACUAGACCUGGCUUGUUUUGUGCAUGAGAUGUACCAUCCCAGAAUGAUCAGUUUCUACCCUCAGUUUAAAUUUACAUUACUGUCCUUAACUUUUUUUUAUUGCGUUACUGGAUCGGAGGGUAUUUGAAAUACAUAAUUUACUCAAUCUGAGUAUGUAACAAUGUGCUUUGAAAACAAUGAUUAGCCAGCGUCAGUGUGCGGGUCGCGAACCUGCGUUUGGCUGAGGCUCGCAGUGCUGCAUAGGUCGAGACUGCGGUGUUCUGUCCCUAUAAAGAAAGAGUAUUACCUUUUACAGAUCUGUGUUUUUUUCCUUUAAAUACCAGCCUGGGGAGAGUGAUUUUUUUUUUUCCUGUUGUUUUUCAACAGCAAAUCUUGUAUUACAGAUCUGAUCACUGUUUGUGUGCAUAGCUGUCAAAAAGGAACGACAUGUCACCCAAUUUGGAAAAGCAGACAUCAACCUUUCUGCAGUCUUUUCUGGAUCAGCUAGAUUAACGCUGAAUGUUACCUGUGUACAAAAAACUGUCUAGUUUUCCAUCCCUGUCCAUGCACUUUUUAUUUUUAUUUUUUUUUUUUUUUACUUUUUCAUUUGCUGUUCUACGGAUUCACAUUCCCUGUUAGGUAAUGCUUCUCGUUUUCUAACACCUUCGCAUUACCACCGUUUUGACUGUGUAUGUCAACGAAGAGCUUAAGGAGACCAGGGCAAACAAGGAAGCAUUAAUGAAACCAACGAAAGGAGACGUCAGCGUGAUGUCCGACGGUCUCGUGUUUCCGUUUAAUGACUCCCUGUCCUUUCCACGUAGUAUGAAUAAUUCAACCUACGCAUUGGCGUCGGGCACCUUAGUAAAUUUGUUGCAGGAAAAGGUUCAGAAUCCUGAUAUUAAGGCGACAGUCAACAUCGGUGAAGCUGCCCGACUGGAACCCGCUAACUGUCCAGCGCUUAGUCACAGUGUCCUCUAAGCGAUCUUCCCCAGUUUACACCGCUUCAGACGAGGUCUUUCAACCCUGUGUUCCCCCAAUGGAGAUCUGUGAUUUUUUUUUUUUUUUUUUUUUGUCUGUUUAGUCUAGUUUUAUUUGUGUUUAAUUGCUGCUCCUUGUCUCUAUGUGCACAUAGACGGUCCCAGGAUCCUGUCUGUAGUUUUGUCGGAUCCCUCCCAAUCUCAGUAUGUCAAUGUAUUUGACAUAGAUAUUUAUACAUAAAAUUUACAAUUUCUUAUUCAUAUUUUAUUAACAUGCAUAUUUACAUGUAAAUAUGUAUUUUCCACACACACAGCAGACCACACUGGAUCAAAAUGUGCCAUUGUCCAGGUAUAUAACAUAUGACUAUAUAUGCACAGUCUCUCUCUCUCUCUCUCUCUCUCUCUCUCUCUCUCUUUCACACACACACACACACACACAAAGUCACAUAAAAAUAAAUGUACAGGAUCAAAAUGUGCCAUGACGAAAUGCUCGAUUUAUUUUUUCUAUGUUUUCAAGUAGAGCCAAGCAGCGACAUGUACAGAAAAUGUUGGAAUGAUAUGAAUAUAAAUCUUGCUGUGUGUAAAUUAUUCAACAAUUAACUGUUUAUAUUAAAAUUGUGAAUAAAAUUAUUGCAGA